AUGGACACCUGUGUAGACUUUGCCCCAGAGGAGUACAUAGUCACAGACGACCACCCCUUGGCAGGAUCUUCUAGAAAUACUCUGAGACAAGACUUGGUCCAGAGUCUUGUCAGGAAACACAGAGUGGUCAUCUUCAGCAAGUCUCAAUGUCCUUACUGUCAGCACUCCAAGACAUUGUUGAGUAACUUUGGUGUGAAGUUUGUGACAGUGGAACUUGAUCAAGUUCAAGAAGGCAAUGAAAUGCAAACUGCUCUUGGUGAAAUCACAGGUGUUAAAACGGUUCCACGUAUUUUCAUCAAUGGGAAGUGUAUUGGUGGCAGCAACGAUCUCAGCAGUUUGAAGAAGUCGGGUCAACUCAAAGAUCUGCUCAAGGAUGUGUAG